CGCGGAGUGGCGCAGCGCACAUCCCACUUCCCAUCUCCAGCACCACGACAACCGACGAUGCAGAUAUUCGUGAAGACGGUCACCGGGGAGACUCUCACGCUCGAGGUGGAGAGCAGCGACACGGUCGACAGCAUCAAGGCCAAGAUCCAGGAGAAGGAAGGAAUCAUCGCCACCUCUGACGACGACGACGACGACGAGGAAGACAACGAGGAAGACAACGAGGUCCAGAUCCAGCUACCGUCUCUCGUCUUCGCCGGGAAGCAGCUAGAUGAGGAGGAGGGCCGAACCCUGGCCGACUACGGCAUCUGCAAGGGAUCGACGCUGCACCUCGCGCUCGGCCUCCGCGGCGGCUUCCGGGGCGGCUACGCGUAUUGCAUGGAGCCCGGCCUCCGAGAUCUUGCGCUCAGCUAUAACGAGAACAAGCUGGUCUGCCGCAAGUGCUAUGCACGCCUUUCUCCGAGGUCUACCAACUGCCGCAAGAAGAAAUGCGGCCGCAGCAGCGACCUGAGGAAGAAGAAACCGUUUGGACGACAUCGUUGGUGAAGCAACGUUACCAGGGCAGCAGUGACACGCAUACUACCUGCAGAAGCCACCGGCCUCUCACAAGGAACGGUGGAUCUGCGUUUCUUUCCUCUACACCCAAUGAUCUACGUUUCUUGCUUCCUCGAUCUGCACCCAAUGAUCUACGUUUCUUGCUUCCUCUGCACCUGAUGAUCUGCGCCAAUGAUAUGCGUUUCUUGAUUUGCAUACAUAUAUAUGUAGAAUUGACGAUGUAACAUGGUUGUUUCUAUCGUACCCCAAGCAUAACGAUAUUUCACAUGUGGUGUGGCAUUACAACUU